GUAUUUAACUUGACCACGGCCGUUUUGCGUCAAUUUCUUCCUCAACUUUUCAAGCUUCUUGGAUUUUUAUCGGGUUUGGGAAGGAAUUAAAGCAUCAUGGGUGCUUGUUUGGCUCUCGGUUCGCUCGCCAGUUGUGCGUCCUGUUUGUGCGGCUCGGCCUCCUGCCUGCUGUCAUCAUGCUGCCCUUCCACAUACAACUCCACCAUGAGCCGGCUGGCUUUCUCCUUCCUGCUGCUGUUGGGGACACUGGUGUCCAUCAUCAUGAUUCUGCCAGGCAUGGAGGAAAAUCUUAAAAAGAUUCCAGGGUUUUGUGUGGGUGGCUCCAGCAUAAUUGGCAUAGAGAACAAAGUGAACUGUGACAUCAUUGUGGGCUACAAGUCUGUGUACCGCAUGUGCUUCGCCAUGGCCUGCUUCUUCUUCCUCUUCUCCAUCAUCAUGAUCCGAGUGCGCAACAGCAAGGACCCCCGAGCAGCCAUCCAGAACGGUUUCUGGUUCUUCAAGUUUCUGGUGCUGGUGGGUAUAACUGUGGGAGCCUUCUUCAUUCCAGACGGCACCUUUAAUACAGUGUGGUAUUACUUCGGCAUGGUGGGCUCCUUCGUCUUCAUCAUCAUCCAGCUCAUCCUACUGAUUGACUUUGCCCAUUCCUGGAACCAGUCCUGGCUCGAGAAGGCGGAGGAUGGAAACCCCAAGUGCUGGUUUGCAGCUCUCCUCUCUUUCACCUUCAUCCACUACGCUUUGGCUUUUGCUGCUGUUGUGCUCUUCUACCUGUUUUACACAAAACCUGACGACUGCACAGAGCACAAAGUCUUCAUCAGCCUCAACCUCAUAUUCUGCAUCAUUGUGUCUAUUGUGUCCAUUCUGCCCAAAAUCCAGGAAGCUCAGCCCACCUCAGGCCUGCUUCAGGCCUCCCUCAUCACCCUUUACACCAUGUAUGUCACCUGGUCAGCCAUGACCAACAACCCCAACCGGAAUUGUAACCCAAGUUUGUUGAGCCUGGUCCAGCCUAGCAGUCCAACUCCACCACCAGGACCCACCUCAGCCCCUGGCACCACGCAGUGGUGGGAUGCACAGGGCAUCGUGGGAUUGAUCAUUUUCCUGUUCUGCACUCUUUAUGCCAGCAUCCGCUCGUCCAACAAUGCUCAAGUGAACAAACUAAUGCAGACUGAGGAAGGUCAGGGUCUGACUGCCAACGCAGAGACCCCCACAGAGGAGGACGGAGUCCACCGGGCUGUGGAUAACGAAGAAGAUGGAGUGACCUACAGCUACUCCUUCUUCCACUUCAGUCUCUUUCUGGCCUCCCUUUACAUCAUGAUGACUCUCACCAACUGGUACAAGCCUGAUACAGACUACCAGACCAUGCAGACCGCCAUGCCGGCCGUCUGGGUGAAGAUCAGCUCCAGCUGGAUCGGCUUGGCCCUCUAUCUCUGGACUCUGUUGGCCCCGCUGGUGCUCCCAGACAGGGAUUUCAGCUAAAAUUCAUCAUGUCUGUCAACACGUGGCUGAUGGCCUUUCACCAAUUGCACCUUAAGUAAAGAAAGCUUUAGCUUAAACUUAUUCUGCUUGGAUGUUGUACAGAAGCAAAGAAUUGUUGGAGUUUUAAUCACAUUCCAGUUUGUCACCUCAGGUAAUCUAUCCUCCUCAUCUACUGUUAUGAAGAUAAUUGAGUGCACUAUAUGCCUUUUAUAGGUUUACCAAAAAAAAACCUGGAUUUCUGUGGGGAAUGGAUGGCAGUUUCACUACUUUUACAUCAUGCCUGUACUUUUUAAAAUCAUUGCCUCUGCAUUGUUUUGAUUUAAUGGGAACAUGUCUAGGUUUCUGAGCUAUUUCUCAAGUUAUUCUUUUUUUUUUCCCUUUCUUUUUUUUUUGUCCUUUUAUGAUAUUGUGCCUUAUGUUUUCCACUCAGUAAAUUCAGAGGGACCAUUUUGAUAUCUUGAAAGGUUUUUAUGUAGUUUUCAUUAAAGUUGCUUCUUCUGUAA